AUGGCUUCCAAGGAUCCCAUGCCGCUGGCGACGACCCCGCGUUUCGACGAGCUGCUGCACCUGCUCGCGGAGGAACACGGCAAGCUGCUGCAGGAGCGCGACAGGCUGCGCAGGGGCAACGAGAACGCCUACGACGGGUUGAGAAGGGGGUCCGUCCACUCCUUCGCCUCCUCCGGCCAGAGCCUCAUGCAGGACGAACAGGGCCACGAGGACAGACUGAUGCCCCUAAAGGCCUUGGCGAGCCCCAUCGCGAGCCCCAGACUCGAUGCGCGGAGCCCUCCUGGCAUUGGUGGCCACGGGUCCGUCCCCUCGACGGCGCUCGACGGCGACAGCGGCCGCGUCCAGGCCAACGGCGCGAGCACAAGCGGCGCCAGUAACGCCGCCCUGCCGGACCUGCACCCGGAGCUGUGGCCGGCGUGGACAGACCAGGAGACCGGGGAUGAAGACAGGCCCAGAUCAUGCACGUCAGUGAUAACGCAACCCGACCACAACAACGUGCUCAUGGAGAACACACGGCUCAAGGCGUUCGUGAUGACUCCAACGUCCGGUGCCCGCUCCUUCUGGGACUCGAUCACCGCAGCUUCCCUGAGCUACGACAUCGUCAUGCUCCCCAUGCUCGCGUUCUACGAACCCGAGGGCAGCGCCGCCAGGGUCCUGCACAUCCUCACCGCGUGCAUCUGGACGCUCGACGUGCCGAUGAUCCUUUUUCACUGGGUAUUUCCACUUGGGUGUAGUUGA